AUGAUCUCUCGCCGAUUUUUCUCCACUUCUAUUUCUCAACUUCACAAGAAGACUAUCUAUUUUUCUGGAAUUCAGCCGACUGGAAUUCCACAUCUUGGCAAUUAUUUUGGGGUUAUUGAUCCGUGGAUUGAGUUGCAGAAACUCAAGGAAGAAUCUAUUGGAAUGAUUUUGUCGAUUGUUGAUCAACACGCCAUUUCACUUGGACCAUUGAAAGCGGAAGAUGUGAGUGUUUUGGGCUUAUUUGGGCUUAAGAUUGAAUCUAGGCUUAUAAAGUAGUAUAGGCUUAUAAAGUAUAAGCCUCUAGAGAAAAAUCUCUGACUAGAAAAAUUUUUGCUUGAAAAAUUCUCACUGUUUCAAAAAUUGUAGAAUUUUGAGGAGGGUUUUUGAUUUUUGAUGAAGCUAUUAUUAAUGGGGUGAUUCAUAAAAAUAAUGGGGUGAGUCAAUCGAAUUAAUCGACGUGUUUUUUGCGAUUAAUUGACAAAAAAAGUGAGUCUUUUAGGGCGAUUAAUUUCACGUUUUUGUCAAUUCCUCGCUUUCAUUUCUUGGCAAAAAAUGCAAUUAAUUGCAUAAAAAAUUGAAUUUAUUUGACCUAUAUUUUAAAACGUGACCUAUAUGAGUCUUCUCUCAAUUUUGUUUCAUUUCGAAAUGAAUCCAAAAAAUAAGCAGUGAAUUUGGGACACGUUUCAAAAAAAAGGUCAAAUAAAUUCUAUUUCGUAUUGAAAUUCCUCAUUUUUGAAUGCAAUUAAUUGCAAAAAAAGAUGGAAUUAAUCGACAAAAACGUGAAAAAAUCGCAGAAAAAUGACUCACAUUUUGUGUCAAUUAAUUGACAAAAAAUAAAAUUGACUCACCCCAUAAAUUGACAAAAAAAGUGCGAUUAAUUUCACGUUUUUUGUCAAUUAAUCGCAUUCAUUUCUGAAAAAAUGCGAUUAAUUGACAAAAAACGUGAAAUUAAUCGCACUUUUUUUUGUCAAUUCAUUUUUAUGACUCACCCCAUAAGGGAAUUAUCUCAUGCAUUUUUUUGAGUUCCCGAAUCUGAAAAAUUCUUGGAAAUAUUGAUUUUUUCCUGAUUUUUGUGUAGUUACAACCCUAUUCUUUAUGCAAAUUCGAAAAAAAAUCCAUAAAAUCAAAAACAUGAUUAGAAAAGGUGUAUCAUUGUUUGGAAGUAAUCUAGAAAAAAAAAUAUAAUAAUUUAGAAACAGUGGAUUUUUUCGAAGAAAAAAAGUAGUUUUUGCUUGAAAAAUUCUCACUGUUUCAAAAAUUUUAGAAUUUUGGAGACGGUUUUUUAUUUUUGAUUGAUGAGUGUUAGCUAUUGAUGAUUUUCCAUGUAUUUUUUGAGUUCCCGAAUCUGAAAAAUUCUUGGAAAUAUUGAUUUUUUCCUUAUUCUUUAUGCAAAUUCGAAAAAAAUCCAUAAAUUCAAAAACAUGAUUCGAAAAAGUGUAUUAUUUUUUCUAGAAAAAAAUAUAUAAUAAUUUAGAAACAGUAGAUUUUUUCGAAAAAAAAAAAUUGUUUUUUGCUUGAAAAAAUUCCACUGUUUCAAAAUUUAAUGGAAUUUUGGAGAGGGUUUUUGAUAUUCGAUUCUGUGUUUGUAGCACAUAAAUUUUCAUACACAUUUUUUGAGUUCUUUAAAUUUGGAAUGUUUUUAGAGAAAUCGAUUUUACCUUAUGCAAGUUCGGAAAAAAAUACCAUAAAUUCGAAAACAUAAUAAAAGCAAAAGUUACUUCGUCAUUGUUUGAAUAUAAUCUAUCAAAAAUAUAUAGAAAUUUAAAAACAGUAGAUUUUUUGCUUGAUAAAUAUUCACUGUUUCAAAAAUUGUAGAAUUUUGAGGAGGGUUUUUGAUUUUUGAUCGAUCGAUGCUAUUUGAUAUAUAGUGUUUUUGAAGUUGUGUCCGCAUACUUUGAUUGUUUUUGAUUAAUUAAUUUUCAUAUGCGUUUUUUGAGUUUCUUAUGGGCCUAUGCAGAAUAAUAUUUUGUAAUAAAAAAACAUUAAAAAACAUUUUUUUCCUAUGCAGAAAAACGUCGAAAAAACAAAAUAAAGACAACGUGAGAUUGAGAGAGCGCAGACAUAAAAUGGGUUUUUUGUCUGCACUCUCUCAAUUUCACGUUGUCUCUACUCAAAAUAGUAAACUGUAUAUUUUGUUUUUUCGACGUGUUUCUGCAUAGGAAAAAAAUGUUUUUUUAUUACAAAAUAUUAUUCUGCAUAGGCCCAUUAUUUUGAAAAUAUUCUUAGAGAAAUUAAUUUUGUUCUAUGCAAAUUCAAAAAAGUUGUUCAAAAAGCUUCGUCAUUGUUCGGAAAUAAUCUAGAGAAAAUUACAUACAAAUUUAGAAACAAUGGAUUUUUUCUUGAAAAAGUUUCACUGUUUCAAAUUUGUAGAAUUUCGAAGAAUUGUAUUUGAUUUUCGAUAAACGAAAGCUACUCGUGUCAGAAUUUUAAUAUGAAUUGGAUUGAAUUUUCUAUUCAUUAAUUAAAUUUUUUCUUGAAAUUUUGAAGUUGGUUUCUUUGCAUAAUACCUCAAAACGUCGAGAAAAAAAUCCCAUAAUAUUUAGAAACAGUGGAUUUUUUCCACGAAAAAAUUGUUUUCUGCUUUAAAAAAUUCCACUGUUUCAAAAAUUGUAGAAUUUUGGAGAUGGUUUUUGAAUUUUGAUCGAUCAACUGUAUGUCAUUGUUGGAGAUUUUCUAUGCAUUUUUGAUUUCCCGAAUUUGAAAAAAUUGUUUUCUAAUUUUUAAUUGAAAUUAUGUACAUAAAAAUUUAGAAACAGUAGAUUUUUUUCAAUAAAAAUUAGUUGUUUUUGCUCGAAAAAUUUCUUACUGUUUCAAAAAUUGUAGAAUUUUGAAGAUAAUCUUUUUUUUUUGAUAAAUUGACACAUUCUGAGUUUUGUAAGUUCCUAAUUCUCAAACAUCUUGGAAAUGUUGUUUUUGAUUUUCGAUUAAAACCAUUUUUUGAAUUUUGAAUUAGCCUCGUUUUUUUUUUGUUUUUUCAUUAUUACCAUCUGAAAUUAAUUUAGAAAAAAUAUUUAAAAAUUUUCCACGAAAAAAAUACGUUUCAAAAAUUAUAGAAUUUUGGAGAGGGUUUUUGAAUUUUGAUUCGUUGCGUUUUUUACACAAUUUUGAGUUCCUGAAUAUGAAACAAAGCUUGGAAAUUCUAAUUUUUAAUUUAAUUUAUUUGAAAAUGCAGAAAUAGUGGAUUUGAAAAAAAUUAACUUGAAAAAUUCCACUGUUUCAAAAAUUAUGGAAUCUUGAGGAUUGUUUUUGAUUUUCGUUAAAAAAACAUUUCUUGAAAUUUUGAAUCAGGCUCGACUCUUAAUAUUAUCAUAUGAAUAGAUUAAGUAAAACAUAUAUAACAAUUUAGAAACAGUGAAUUUUAUCCACAAAAAACGUUUCAAAAAUAAUAAAAAUUAAUUUAAAAAAUAUUCACUGUUUCAAAAAUUGUAGAAAUUUGAGAAGGGUUUUUGGUUAUUGAUGAAUGGAUUUUUGAAGUUCCAGAAUCUUUUUUCAAAAAAAAUGUUUUUAGUCAAAAAAAAUUACUGUUUUAAACUCUCCAUGGACAUCUUAUGCUCAUUUUAAAUUUGGAGCCCUGUUUGGGCCUAAAAAAUUCGGUGUUUUCUCGUAUUUUUUCUAACAAAAUCUCAAUUCGCCCCCCCCCCCAAAAUCCUCCAAAUUUUCCAGCUUCGCUCAAACACCCGUCAAAUGGCGUGCAGUCUCAUCGCAUGCGGUGUCGACCCUCAAAAAACCCUCCUCUUUCGCCAAUCUGAUGUUCCUGAGAUCGCUCAACUUUCAUGGAUUCUUGGAUCACUUCAAACAACUUCGAAACUUGCCAGAUUGCCACAAUAUAAAGAGAAAUCGGAGAAGUUUGUUUAGGAAUUCCUAUAUCUAUAAAAAAUGGAUGUUUUUAGGUUCAAAAAGGGUGAUAUUCCGGUUGGACUUUUGACAUAUCCAUUGUUACAAGCUGCUGAUGUUUUGAUGUUUAGAGUGGGUUUUUUUGGGAAGCGGAAAGGUUCCGCGAACGCGGAAGAUUGAGAUUUGUACCUACACCGCAAGCUUCCGCGUUCCCCUGGCGCGGAAGCUUGCGGAAAUAAAAAAAGAAAAUUCACUGUUUCAAAAAAUUGUGUUAUUUUUGAGGUUUUGGAAAGUUUUUGAUGCAUUCGUUUUGUUUUAACACGAAAUUUCUGAAAAUUAACUGAAAAUUCAAUAUCUUACUAGAAAACUGUUGGAAUUUUCAGAGAAAAUUAAAGUUUUGGAAUUUUUCAUAUCAGAAAUAAAGCUGGAAAUUUUUGCUUCGAGAAUUUUUGAUUCAAACAUUUUUCACUGUUUCAAAACAUUGAUUUUUGAAGUUUCUAGUUUUCAGGAUUAACAGACAUGUCGCUGCAGGCCGGGCCGGCCGGGCUGAGCCCGAAGUAAACACAAAAAAUCGGGCUUUUUUCAGCCGAAGCCCGAUUUUAACAUGUGCGGCUUUGGUGGGCCCGAUUUUGGGGCCCGCUUAUUUUUUCUUCGAUUUUUUUUCAUUGAAAAAAUGAGUUUUUCGUGGUCAAAAAGGAAUUUUUAAUGAAUUUCAAACAUUGUAAAGAGUAAAAAUAGUAAAAUAAUAUGUGCGUGGAAGAGAAUUCACUUGAAUUUUGAAAUUUUUGCAUUUUAUUUUUCGAUUUGUUACUUAUUUCUAUUUUUAUAAGCAAAAUAUCACAUUCUAAUUUGAUUUUUCACUCAUAUAAAUACAAUCCAACAUCCAAAACAUCAAAAAAAUUCUGAAAUUGGCCGUUCAAAAAUAUUGUUUGGGCGAGGCCAACCCGGCCGCUUUUAAAUUUUCAUAAGGCCGGGCCAGCCGGGCCCGUGAUAAAUUGAGCGGGCUUUAGGGGCCCGAAUUCAGCAAAAACGACAUGUCUGAGGAUUAAUACAUCCUUCAUUUUUCAACAAUUGGAAAAUCCACGUGGCAUAAAGUCAGGGGAAAAUAAAUUGGGACCAUCAAAAUCCUGAGAAAGCUUCUGAAUAUUUUCUGCCGCAUGAAUUUUUUUCGGAGGAAAAAUUUUGAGUUUGAAAAAAAUUGAUAAAAUUCACUGUUUCAAAAAAUUUUGAUAUUUUUGAGGUUUUGGAACUUUUUUGAUGAACAAUGUGUUUUUUUUCCAAAUUUCUGAAAAUCAACUGAAAACUGAGAGAAUUUUCAGAGAAAAGUUAAUUUUUCCAGAUAUUUUUAUAUCAGAAAUAAAGCUGGAAAUUUUUCCUUCGAGAAUUUUGAUUCAACAAAAAUUCACUGUUUCAAAAAAUUGAUUUUUGAAAUUUCUAGUUUUCAGGAUUAAUACAUCCUUUAUUUUUCUACAAACGGAAAAUCCACGUGGCAAAAAAUCAGGAGAAAAUAAAUUGGGACCAUCAAAAUCAUGAGAAAGCUUCUGAAUAUUUUCUGCAACGUGGAUUUUUUUUUUCGGAGGAAAAAUUUUGAGUUUGAAAAAAAUUGAUAAAAUUCACUGUUUCAAAAAUUUUUGAUAUUUUUGAGUUUUAAGGUAUCUUUGAUUUUUUUCUUUUCAAAUUUCUAAAAAUUAACUGAAAAUUCAAAUUAUUACUAGAAAACUGUUAGAAUUUUCAGAGAAAAUUUAAUUUUACAAAUAUUUUUAUCUCAGAAAUGAAGCUGGAAAUUUUUCCAUCGAGAAUUUUGAUUCAAAAAUUUUUCACUGUUUCAAAAAAUUGAUUUUUGAAAUUUCUAGUUUUUAGGAAUAAUACAUCCUUUAUUUUUCUACAAACGGAAAAUCCACGUGGCAAAAAAUAAGGAGAAAAUAAAUUGGGACCAUCAAAAUCCUGAGAAAGGUUCUGAAUAUUUUCUUCCACGUGGAUUAUUUUCGGAGACAAAAUUUUGAGUUUGAAAAAAAUUGAUAAAAUUCACUGUUUCAAAAAAUUUUGAUAUUUUUGAGGUUUUGGAAAAUUUUUGAUGUGGUUUUCUUAAUUAAUUCCAAAUUCCUGAAAUUCUACUGAAAAUUCAAAUUCUUAUUAGAAAACUGUUAGAAUUUCAGAGAAAUUUGAAUUUUACAAAUAUUUUUACCUCAGAAAUAAAGCUGGAAAUUUUUCCUUCGAUAAUUUUGAUUCAACAAAACUUCACUGUUUCAAAAAAUUGAUUUUUGUAAUUUCUAGUUUUUAGGAUUAAUACAUUCUUGUUUUUUCAACAAAUGGAAAAUCCACGUGGAAAAUGCUCCAAAUUUUGAUUUCCAGGCAUUUUUCAGAAUUUUAAACCGUUUUUGGAUUCCUAGGCCAUUUUACAGAUUCCUAGGCCAUUAUUAUGGUUUCUAGGCCAUUUUUCUGGUUUCCAGGCCGUUUUUAGGGUUUCUGGGCCAUUUUUUUGUUCUCUAGGCCAACUUUUUGGGUUUUUAGGCUAUUUUACAGUUUCCUAGGCCAUUUUUUUGGGUUUCCAGACCAUUUUAAAGAAUUUUCGGUCAUUUCCGCGUCAUAACCCAUAUCUCGAAAAAAAUUUACUGUUUCAAAAAUGUAUCAAGUUUUUUGGGAAAUUUUUUUUCUCAAUAUUGCCUCUGUUAAAGUCCAAAAAUUCACCAGAAAAUUUGAAAAUCUCUAAAAAAAAGCCCCCCAAUUUUUCCAGGCCACCCAUGUUCCAGUCGGCGAAGAUCAAAGUCAACACAUGAAUCUGAUGGGAGGUCUCGCCUAUGCCUUUUCAAAAACCUACAACACUGAUUUUUUGCCGAUUCCCAAGCAGGUUACCCGAAAAACGAACGCGCGCAUCAAAUCGUUGCGAGACCCGACGAAAAAAAUGAGCAAAUCUUCGGGAGGCGACAAAUCGAGAAUUGAGGUUGGUUGAUUUUUUCACUGUUUCAAAAAAUCUUGAAUUUUUUGUGGUCUGUGAAAUUUUAUUAACAUUUAAAUUUAAAUUUUAAAAUUCCACGUGGAAAAUUAAUUUUAAAAUUUUGAAUGGAUUUUUCACUGCAAACUUUGAAAAAUCUGAAAUUCUAGAAAUUCUAGAAAUUUUCUCUGGUUUUCUAGAAAAAAAAUCACUGUUUCAAAAUUUUUAAUAAAUUUGUUUUCCUCCCGAAAAUUUCGAUAAUUCAAAUUUUAUUGAGAUUUCUGAAAAUUCACUGUUUCAAAAAAGUUAAAUAUAUUUUUUGUUCCUAAAAUUUCAGUUAAAUUUCUUCUUCUGUUUGAUAAAAAUUAAAAUUUUCAUAAUUUUUCACUGAAAAUUUGAUAAACAAUUAAUUUUGACAAAUCCACGUGGUUUUGAAAAUAAGCGAAAUUCUUCGAUUUUUCGUCUGGUUUUCUAGAAAAAAAUCACUGUUUCGAAAAAUUUUGAUAUCAUUUUGAUGUCCUUUAAAUUCGAUAAUUUUCGCAAUUGUUUUAGUAUUCAAAUAAAUUUUGAAGAAAAUUUGAAUUUUGAAAAGGCUACAUGGCAAAUGUAUAUUUUUCUGAAUUAAAAUUGAACUUUUCACUGCAAGUUUUGAAGAAUUUGAAAAUGUUCAUAAUUUUUCACUGUUUCAAAAUGUUUCUAUAUUUUUUUUUGGUUUGAGGAAAAAUUGGUCAGACCAUUUUCAAUUUCUAUAUUCUUUGGGUCGAUUAAAUGUUCAGUGUGGAAAUAAAUUCUCUCAAUUUUUCUCACUGUUUCAAAAAUUUUAAAUAUAUAUUUCUGUUCCAAAUUUUUCGAUUAUACCGCUUUUGGCACUCCCAAUUAUUCAAAAAUUCUCACUGUUUCGAGUACUUUUGAAGGUAAUUCAGCCGGUUUUGUAAAUGUUCCUCGAUAAUCAAAUUUUCAUUGAGAAAGCCGAAUUUCAAUUUGUUGUUCUUUAUUUUUUCGGAUUGAGAAAAAUUAAUUAGACAUGAAUUUCUAGCUGAAAAAUUCCAAUUUCCGUCUAUUUUUCUUGAACAAAAAUUCACUGUUUCAAAAAGUUAUAAUUUUUUGUUCCAAAGUUUGGAUUAUAAUUGGUAGAAAUCUGAAACUCUCAAGAAUUAAUUGUUUCUUCGAAAAAAUCUCAAUGUUUCAAUGAUUUUUAAUAUAAUUUCGUGUUCUGAAAAAUUUCGAUUAAAACGUGUUUGGAUUUCCAAAUUAUUCAUAAUUUUUAUGAAAAAAUUUCACUGUUUCGAGAAAUUUUCUAUAUUUUUUGGGCCAAACAAAUUUUCAGUAUUGCGAAAAAGUUGAAAAAUGUUCACUGUUUCACAAAAAUUCAAUAUAUUUUUGUGUUUCUAAAAUUCCGGUUAAAUUUCUUCAUCUGUUUGUUAAAAAUUAAAAUUUUCAUAAUUUUUCACUGUUUCAAGAUUUAUUCAUCUUUUUUUGGAAAUAAAUUUUCUCAUUAGAAAAUUCUGAAUGUGUUUCAAAAUGUUUCAAUAUGUUUUUCGGUUUCAGAAAAAAUAGGUUUACCGAUUGUGGGAUUUUCUGAUGACAAAUCCCAAUUUCCGUCUUUUUUUCUCGAACAAAAAUUCACUGUUUCAAAAAGUUAUUUUUGUUCCAAAGUUUGGAUUAUAAUUGGUAAGAAUUUAUAACUCUCAAAAAUUAAUUGUUUCUUCGAAAAAAUCUCACUGUUUCAAAUAUCUUUAAUAUAAUUUUUGAGUUCCGAAAAUUUCGAUAUUAAUACCAAAAAAUCGAUAUCAAUACUAUAAAAGAAAUUCGGAAAAUUGUCGGGUUCUUGUAGAGAAAUAUAAAGAUGUUUGUUUUGUUUUGUUAGGCUAAUUUAAUAAUAAUAAUUAAUUAAUUAAUUCCUUAGGGUUUCCUUAAUAAUUAAGGUUUUUAACCUUGAUUAUUUAUAGCUAUAUAAAAACCCGAAAUCUUAGAAUUGUUUAGAUGAAAAAUUCGACUCUCCAACUAUUUUUAUUUUUUUCUGAAAAAUUCACUGUUUCGAAAAAUUUUGAUAUCAUUUUGAUGUUCUAAAAUAUCGAUAAAUUAGGAGUCAGUAUAUUAAUAAAUUUCGAAGAGAGAAAACCUAAUGUUAAUUUUGUUACGCUGAAAAAAUUGAAAAUUAAAAUAUUCAUUCUAAUUUUUCACUGAAAAAACUCGAGAAAUCCCAAAUUUUCAUCGAAAUAUUUUUUCACUGUUUCAAAAAUUUUUGGACUUCCAAAUUAUUCCCAAUGUUUCUGAAAAAUCUCACUGUUUCAAAAAAUCUUUAAUAUAAUUUUUUUGUUUCCGAAAGUUUUGAUUUCACUACGAGUCGAACUCCAAAAAUCAAAUUUUCUUCCAAAAAAAUCUCACUUUUUCAAUGAUUUUUAGUAUAAUUUUUGAUUUAAGUUCAAAUCGAACCUCCAAAAGUCAAUUUUUUCAAAAAUUUUCAAUAAGAAAAUAUUUCGCGCUCUCAAAUUAUUCCCAAUUUUUCUGAAAAAUCUCACUGUUUCAAAAUUUUUCAAUAUAAUUUCGUGUUCUGAAAAAUUUCGAUAAAAAAGUGUUCAGACUUCCAAUUUAUUCCCAAUUUUUAUUUUAAAAAAUCUCACUGUUUCAAAAAUUUUUGAGUUCUGAAAAUUUCUAUUACAAUCCAAGAAAAUAUGAAAGAAAUUCGGAAAAUUGUCGUGUUCUUGUAGAGAAAUAUAUAGUUGUUUUUUUUCGUUUUGUUAGGCUAAUUACCUUAACCUUAUUCUUAGGGUUACCUUAAUAAUUAAGGUUUUUAACCUUGAUUAAUUACAGCUAUAUAAAAACCCGAAAUCUUAGAAAUUUUUGAUGAAAAAUUCGACUCUCCAACUAUUUUUAUUUUUUUCUGAAAAAUUCACUGUUUCAAAAAAUUUCGAUAUCAUUUUGGUGUUCUAAAAUAUCGAUAAAUUUGGAGUCAGUAUAUUAAUAAAUUUCGAAGAGAGAAAACCUAAUGUUAAUUUUUUUACGCUGAAAAAAAUUGAAAAUUAAAGUUCUCUGUCUAAUUUUUCAUUGAAAAAUGGAUUUCUCACUGAAAAAACUCGAGAAACUCCAAAUUUUCCUCAAAAUUUUUUUUCACUGUUUCAAAAUGUUUUGAUAUUUUUUGAGUCAAGCUGAAUGUUCAGUUUCACAUAACGAAAGUAGUUUAAGUCAAUUAAAAUUUAUUUUGAUUAAUAAAAAGUUUAAAGCUCCCAAAUUUAAUUUUUUCCGAAAAAUUUCACAGUUUCAAGAAUGAUUCAUAUCAAUUUUUUGUUCCCCAAAAUUUUGAUUUCAUUACAAAUCGUACCUCCAAAAAUAAAAUUUUUUCCAAAAAAAAAUCUCACUGUUUCAAAAUUUUUCAAUAUAAUUUCGUGUUCUGAAAAAUUUCGAUAAAAAAGUGUUCAGACUUCCAAUUUGUUCCCAAUUUUUAUUUUAAAAAAUCUCACUGUUUCAAAAAUUUUAAAUAUAAUUUUUGAGUUCCGAAACUUUUUGAUCACACCACUUUUUUCAAAGCCUUCAAAAAAUCCCCCAUUUUCCAGCUCACCGAUUCACGUGAAGCAAUUUUUGAAAAAUGUCAAAAAGCACAAAGUGACAAUUUGGGAAAAAUCACCUAUGAUCCAGAAAAUCGAAUUGCUGUGGCGAAUUUGGUGAGAUUUAUUUUCAGCCAAAAAUUUUCAGAUUUUUUUGAAUUCUCAUUUUUCAGCUUGAUCUUCUCUCUGCAAUUUCUCAAAAAUCGAUCGAAGAAAUUCCAUUCGAAAAUUGGACAACUUUGGACUUGAAACAACAUUUAGCGCAAGAAAUUGAUCAAAAAUUGGAGCCAAUUCGCCGGAAUUUGCGAGAACUUGAGAAUGGCUCGAAAAUUGAUGUGAUUUUGAAGGAAAAUGAAGAAAAAGCUAGGAAUUUGGCACAGGAAAAUAUGAAGGAAAUUCGGAAAAUUGUCGGGUUUUUGUAG